CUUUGAGCACUAAAGACCUAAACUCACCCAACUCUUUUCCCAAAUCCGAAUCUCCUAUGUGUUCUUUGUACUUUGUAUCUUCACUUCGUAUGCCUACUUUCAACCUCUAAGUUGUUCUCUGGAAUAUAAGAAGAUGGAUCAGUCUUUUGGUUUGAUUUUCCUUUAGCUUGCUCAGUCUUUUGUUGAAGCUAUAUUGCAAAAGAUAUAACAACUUUAAAUCAUAUCUAAUGGAUGAUGGUGGACAUCGUGAUAAUGGUCGACAUAAAGCACCUCAGGGCCAGUGGAUGAUGCAGCACCAACCAUCGAUGAAACAAGUCAUGUCAAUAAUAGCAGAGCGUGAUGCAGCUAUCCAGGAGAGAAACCUAGCGAUAUCUGAGAGAAAAUCAGCUGUAGCUGAAAGGGACAUGGCAUUCCUCCAGCGAGACACAGCCAUCGCCGAGCGCAACAAUGCCAUAAUGGAGAGAGACAGUGCCCUUUCAGCACUACAAUACCGUGAGAACUCCAUGUCUACUCCUGGUGCUUCUGCAGUUGCAAAUAUGGCGGCAUGCCCUCCGGGAUGUCAAAUGCCACGUGGUGUAAAACACAUUCACCAUCCACAAGUGCAUCAUCAACAUCACAUGCUUCAGUUAACUGAAAAUGCAUAUGAUGAGACCAGAGAGAUGGAGCCAAGUGAUGGUCUCCCGACAUCACCACCUCCUGAAACCGCCAAACCAAAACGCGGUAAAAGAGUGAAAGACCCAAACGCGAAAACGAAGACCACUGCUAAUAAGAGAGGCCCAAAGACUCAAAGGAAGGUCAAGAAAGAGAACGAAGAGGACUUAACCAAGAUAAUAUUUGUAAAGACCAAUCUCGACUACGGUGGGGAAGAAGAGACAAGCAAGAAUGUCUUAAUAGGAUCCAAAUCAGAUUGGAAGAGCCAAGAAAUGGUGGGACUUAACCAGGUUGUUUACGACGAGACAACAAUGCCACCACCUGUAUGUUCGUGUACUGGAGAUCUCAGACAGUGCUACAAAUGGGGAAACGGAGGUUGGCAAUCAUCUUGUUGCACAACCACAAUAUCAAUGUAUCCGUUACCAGCACUGCCCAACAAAAGACAUGCUCGAGUUGGUGGUAGGAAGAUGAGUGGAAGCGCAUUCAACAAACUUCUAAGCCGGCUUGCUGCAGAAGGGCACCAUGACCUCUCAAACCCGGUUGAUCUCAAAGACCAUUGGGCUAAGCACGGUACAAACCGCUACAUCACGAUCAAAUGA